AUGGACGUGGCCGAGAUCCAUGCGGUGAUGCUGGCCGCCAACGCGCCGCCGCCCAAGGACACGACGCUCAAAGAGAUCGUGUGCGACUUUGAGUCGAAGCGCUACGACGAGCUCCAGUUUGGGCUCAUCCAAGGCCAGACGCAAAUGGACGGCCGGACGCUGCAGUUCGCGCCCGCCUACGAGGACGGGUACAUGCGCAGCACGCAGGAAGCGUCCCGUGGCCGCAUUCGCGCCGUCUUUCUCAUCGGUCUUUUGGUCUACGCCGGGCUCAUGGGCCACAGCUGGUACCUGACGCCGCCAUCGACGCUGGUCCUCGCGCUCGAUGUAGGCGUUGCGCUGCUAGCCUUUGGCAUUGGACUCGGCCUUACGUUUGCGCCACGUGUCGACCUCGAGCGCGUCACGUGCGGCGUCUUCUUCAUCGUUGCGUCCGUGCUCAUCGCCAAGAAGCCCCUGCAACGGAGUCAUGGCCCUGUCUUGCCGCUCAUGCUGCUGCUCAUUCCGAUCUUUGGUAUCACACGCAUGCGCUUCCUCACGAGCUGCGUCCUCGGCAUCAGCAUUUUACUGCUCUACAUGGUCGUCCAGCUCUUUGCCAGCGUCUACGUCGAUGGCGCCGACGCUGCCCGCGACGUUAUGUACCAAGUCUUCAACUACGCGAUCCGUGUCGUUGGUGGCAUGGUGUCGCACUACCGCCAGGAGGUGCUACGGCGGCGCAACUAUGCGCUGGAGCUGCCCUUUCACGGUCUUAUCGACGGCGACGCAACCAUGCUUUUUGUCUCUAGCCUCUCUACGUCGUCGCUCUGGCACCCGUGGAGCCUGAGCUUUGCGCACGAAGAGCUCGAAGCUGCGUUCUACCGGUUCUGGUACCUCCUCGACCCGUUCCCGUUUGAAAACGUCCACGACCCCGCGCUCCACCGCCGCGUGUUUAGCACCGUGCGCUACGCCCUGCUCAGCGUUCUCCUCGCGCAAGUCCUCUUGGCGAUCCAAGACGCCAAGCUCCUCCCGGCAUCGAUCCAAGAUCUGGCGUGGUGCACACGGUUCGGUGUCGUCGUGCCCGCCUAUCUAUUGAUGGCCGGCGUCCUCUACGGCCUCAGCCACUCGUUCGCAGCCCACUCUCUGCAGACAGCGCCGCGCCUCACGUACGCCGCGUACCUCAAGCGGUCGCUGCUCGACCACAUCUUGCUUCACGCGCACGGCGGGUACGUCCGGUAUGCGCAGUGGCUCGCGGGGCUCGUCGUGCUGCUGCACAUUGCCGCCAUGGCGACGCUUGUGCUCGUCGUGUACUCGAAUCCAGAGUCGCAGCGCGUGACCGACUUGUAUUUUAUGGGGCUCCUGAACGCGCUCCUCUUUGUCCAUCGGUCGGGCUUUCGCGUCCGGUUCGUCUAUGCGUCGACGACGACUGCAAUGGCCUGUGCGCUCUUCAUCGGAGUCUCGGCGCACUACCUGCAGCGACGCGUGUGGCUUCCGUACGCGUGCUACUGCGGCGCGAUCCUCCUCCUCGGCAGCGUCACCUCGUACGAAGAAGAAGCGCUGCGUCGGUCGUUCUUUGUACUGCGCUCGCUGCGCACGAGCCAGUUUCGGCAAUGGCGCGCGUCCGUUCUCAAGGUCCAGAGCUGGAUGCGGCGACGAUUACAAAAGAAGCUACAGACACUACGACAGCGCCACCACGCGUCGACGACGGCUCCGAACCCGACGGCCGAUGCCACGUCGGCGCGACUUGCGACCGCGACGCGUGUCGGCGUCUACGGCCAAUUUGUCCAGGUGCUUGCCGAAGUGCUCUAGCCCCGGUGUGUUUCUUCACGAUGGGGGCAGCCUUGGGAGAAGAGUAUAUGAGCUUGUAGCGUCGCUCUAACGGCAAUCCAUCUCCAGUCGCCGCAUUGGGGCAUUCCACUUGGCGGGAAUCCCAG